AUCAUUGUGGAAGCAAAGAGGUGUGUGAAGUCAGCAGGAGGGGGGGUCAGCAGGUCAUGGAAAGUGGAUUUUGACAAGCCUUUGGUACUUGCACCACACAGCAGUAAAAGGACAGGGAGAACCGGCAGGAACACAUACGUUUCCCAACAUGCUCCCCAUUACCUUUCAUCCUGGCUUGCGUCUAACGGUGCUGUUGCUGCUUCAAGUUCAGCAGGGUAACUCUGUGCAGGAAAUCCAAACCAGCCGUGACAACAUCCUGAAGAUCAAUUCUGCAGGGGAGAUGAUGCAGUGCUCUGCAGCCAUGGACAUCCUCUUCCUCAUGGAUGGCUCCUACAGUGUGGGGAAGGGCAGCUUUGAGCGGUCCAAACAUUUCGCAAUAAAAGUCUGUCAAGCCCUCGACAUCGGACCAGAUAAGGUGCGUGUAGGAUUCAUCCAGUUUGGUUCUGUCCCUCGGUUGGAAUUCGCUUUGGAUUCAUACACCACCAAGCAAGAGCUGAAGAUACGGUUGAAGAAGAUUUCCUUCAGAGGCGGCAGCACCCAGACGGGCCUAGCUUUGAAGUACGCGCUUUGGAAAGGUUUCGCGGAUGGGCGCAACUCUUCAGCCGUGGCCCGCAUUGCCAUCCUCGUAUCAGACGGGAUGUCGCAGGGCAACGCUAUACAGGUGGCGGCCCAGCUCAAAGAGGAAGGCGUCGUCUUGUUCGCUGUCGGCUUGCGCUAUCCGAGAUGGGAGGAGCUUCAUGCUUUGGCUAGUGAGCCAGUAGAGAGCCACGUUUUCUUUGCUGAGCAUUUUUACGACGCUGUCAACAGCUUAUGCACGACACUCACCGCCAACUCAUUUUGCAAUGCCACUCCUGCAGGCUGCCAGGUCGAGGCGUUCCCCUGUGAGAGAAAGACACUGGAGACGGUGAAGGAGCUGCAGGGGAAUUUCAUGUGCUGGAAAGGCUCCAAGGGUUAUUUCCCACACACAUCUCUCUGUCCAUACUACAGGUACAAGAAGGCCUACAAGAGGCACGCGAGCAUCUGCCAACGGACCAUUUGUCCUGACCCAUGCGACUCACAGCCAUGUCUGAACGGAGGGACGUGUGUCUCGGCAGGUCCAGAGGACUACACUUGUGUCUGUCCGCCAGGCUAUGGAGGAGACCCUCACUGCGCUCCAGCUUUAUCGUUGGACUGUUCAAUGGACCUGCUUUUCCUGUUGGAGGGCUCAGCCACGCUCACCUUGGAAGGCUUCCUGCGCUUUAAAUCCUUUCUGAAGCGCUUCCUGCAGACCGUGAUGGGCUCCAACACCCCCAGCAAAGUUGGCUUGGCCGUGUUUGGCGGGGAGGCUCAGAUUGCGAUUCAGGUGGGGAAGUUCAAAGGCGACCUCAAGGGUCUGCUUAAGGCCGUGGACGCCCUGACACCUGUUGGCGGCCGGACCGAAACGGGCAAAGCGCUGCGAUACGUCACACGCAAUGGCUUUGUGAGUGCGCCGGUGUUCGCCGACGUCAGUGACGACCUGCCCCGCGCGGUGGUGCUGCUCACCGGCACGCCCUCCGCGGACGCGGUAGUGGAGCCAUCUAAGUACGCACGGGAUCAGGAGAUCUUCCUCAUUGCGGUUGGACCGGACAGAUUGAAAGGACAACUGGAUAACAUCACAGGAAACCCUCAAAGGACCCUCACCUACACAUCUCCUGACUGGCUCGCUGCCAAAAUCCCUGAACUCAAGGCCAAGAUCUGCAGCGUGGAUACACAAGGUUGCCUGGGUCAAGCAGUGGACCUGGUGUUCGCCCUCGAUGCCUCUGGUGGCGUCAGCCGCGACAACUUCGCCACCCUUCGCGACUUUGUGCGCAGCCUCACCGUCCAGUUCGACAUCAACCGCGACCUGGCCCAGGUGGCACUGGUGACCUACGGUCGCAAAGCCACCACCGUCUUCAACCUGGAUGCCCACGAGACGGACUCCGCCAUCCUCAAGGCGGCGGCUCAGGCCAGCUAUGUCGGCGGGGUGGCGUCGACGGGCGCCGCCUUGCUCCACAUUCACACCGACGUCCUCACCGUGGCCAAGGGAGCGCGUCCCGGCAUCAACAAGGCGGUGGUGCUGGUGACUGACAGCUCAGGCGAUGCUUUGGUUCCUGCUCGGAAGUUACGUGAGGACGGAGUGUUGCUGUUUGUCAUCGGCAUCGGAGACGUGCAGAGGGAAAGCCUGCUGCGGAUUGCCGGCUCGGAGGAGCAUAUGAUCUUGGUGCCGUUUUACGAGGACCUCAAGUACUUUGAGGAUGUGGUGGUGCAGACGCUGUGUUCAGAGGUGAAAAAGCCUGUGGACCUUUGCAAGCCCAACCCUUGUACGAACGAUGGCGUAUGCGUCCUUUCGGGAGGAAGUUUUCGCUGUCAGUGUCGAGGCUUCGAGGGACCUCACUGUGAAACACGAAGCACCAGAUUUUUAUCUAGAGGAGAUCUUCGCAGACCUGUUGGUCUGAGGAAGAACAACAAAAGGCAGAAGAAGAGUCACCAGGAGUUCCUUUACCACUACAAACAGCACCGCAGGAGACAGGCAGCCUGACGUACACACACACACACACACUCACUCAAAACACAAACAAUUUCACUCACGAUGGACUCUUCAUUCACCAUCAAGGACUUUUAUAAAAUCAACAAUUCAAUUUUCUAUGAUGCAAUAGGCACUACGCAUGUGUUUUUAAAUAUGUAAUCAUUUUCAUUCCAAUCCUUCCAAGACCAAAGUAAGUUUGUCUCAAAAGGUCAAGUUAUGUUUUAUGUUUACAUGAUACUUUUAUAUGAUUUUUAUCACCUCUGGGAUGCGUUCAAUAUAUCUGACAGCUACAUUGCUACUGUAUUUGUAGUGUAAAAUUGUGUCUUUGAAACGCAGUGAGAAUGUUUUGUACUCAUCGGAGGACAAGCACUGGGUAUAAAAUGCAUAAGUUGAAAACAGCUUUAUUCUAUUUGUAGAGCUUUGUUUUGUAUUGAUCUCUUUAGAUUGUAUAACUAAUAUAGUGAAUGUGUGUUUCUGUAAAUUCCAUGAUUGUUUACAGGAACAUUUUCUAGUAAAGUGAACUAAAUGUGA